AUGCCUGCCGACUACAAUGGCACCUGGGAGAUGCAGACCAAUGAAAACUUCGAGGGAUACAUGGUUGCUUUAGGUAUUGAUUUUGCAACUCGUAAGAUUGCGAAACACUUGAAACAAACAAAGGAAAUUGUUCAAAAUGGAGACAAUUUUAAAACCAAAACCCUCAGCACUUUCAGAAACUAUGAUGUGGACUACACUGUGGGCGUGGAGUUUGAGGAGCACACCAAAGGACUGGAUAACCGAGUGGUGAAGUCCCUGGUGACCUGGGAUGGUGACAAACUGGUCUGUGUUCAGAAAGGUGAAAAGAACAACAGGGGCUGGAAGCACUGGAUUGAAGGAGACAUAUUGCAUCUGGAACUGACAUGUGAAGACCAGGUGUGCCAUCAGACAUUUAAGAAGAAGAACUAA